AUGUCCUUCGCCCUUCCCCGGUCCUUGCCCCGGACCGUGCUGCGGUCCUACGGGACCGUCCAGGGCCCUCCCAGUGCAGCCUCGAUCGCCAGCAGAAUCCCGACUGCCUUGGCGGAAGCAACAGCCGCAACUGGUCCCCGCACGAACUGGACUCGUGAAGAAGUUGGCGCCAUUUAUAACACGCCCUUGAACCAACUCACAUAUGCGUCGGCUGCGGUCCACCGACGAUUCCAUGAUCCGUCCGCGAUCCAGAUGUGCACCCUGAUGAAUAUCAAGACCGGUGGCUGCAGCGAGGACUGCUCCUACUGUGCCCAGUCAUCGCGGUACUCGACCGGCCUGAAGGCAACCAAGAUGAGCCCCGUGGACGAAGUACUCGAGAAGGCCCGCAACGCCAAGGCCAAUGGCAGCACCCGAUUCUGCAUGGGUGCCGCGUGGCGGGACAUGCGGGGCCGCAAGACGAGUCUGAAGAACGUGAAGCAGAUGGUCUCCGGCAUUCGAGAGAUGGGCAUGGAGGUCUGCGUGACCUUGGGCAUGAUCGACCAGAACCAGGCUAAGGAGUUGAAAGAGGCCGGUCUGACCGCGUACAAUCACAACCUGGACACCUCCCGCGAGUUUUACCCUAGCAUCAUCAGCACUCGCUCCUACGACGAGCGCCUGCGCACCCUCGACCACGUCCGCGACGCCGGCAUCAACGUCUGCUCCGGCGGUAUCCUGGGCCUGGGCGAGUCGGACGAGGAUCGUGUGGGCCUUCUGCAUACCGUCUCCAGUCUGCCCGCGCACCCCGAGUCCUUCCCCGUCAAUGCCCUGGUCCCCAUUAAGGGCACCCCGCUCGGUGACCGCAAGAUGAUUCCUUUCGACCGCGUGCUGCGCACAAUCGCGACCGCCCGAAUUGUGAUGCCCGGCACCAUCGUUCGCCUGGCCGCCGGACGCAUUGCCAUGUCUGAGGAGCAGCAGGUGGCCUGCUUCCAGGCCGGCGCCAAUGCCGUCUUCACCGGCGAGAAGAUGCUGACGACCGACUGCAACGGAUGGGACGAGGAUCGCGUGAUGUUCGACAAGUGGGGCUACUAUCCGAUGAAGAGCUUUGAGAAGUCCGAGCUCAAGUCGGCCGCGACCACGGUCACGCCGCCUCCUACACCAUCCGAGACUGCUGCGCCGGUCGCAGCCAGCUCAUAG